AUGGCAACAUCAAAAUGGAUUAGGCAAUUAAACUUAUUCUUGGAAUGGACAGGUCAUGGUGUUCUAUGGAUAGGAUUUGUUUUAAUUUGGCUUAUUACAUUGUUAAUUGAUAAUGCACAUGGCAUUAAAUCCUAUUCAUCUUUGGAAACAAUAUGGAAGUGGAAAAAUCCUUCCAUUGAACAACAGUCUAACAUUGUAGUCAAUAGAAAUAUUGCAAAACCAUUCUGUUUACUUAUUGCUUUAUUGUUCGAUGCAGUAAUGGUCGGUUUAAUUAAAUUUAUAUUUCGACGUCAAAGGCCGAAAGAAAAUAAUGAUUCAGAUAUGUUAUUAACUGUUAGUAUUGAUGCUUGGUCAUUCCCUUCUGGUCAUGCUAGUCGAUCAACAAUGUUAUUCUUUUUAAUUUCUCAUUUAUGGUUGUCUACAUCUACAUUAUGGUUUAUAUUAUUAUUAUUAUUUUGGAAUUUAAUUAUAUGUUAUUCACGUUAUGCAAUGCGUCGUCAUCAUUUCAUUGAUAUUCUAGCCGGUUAUACAUUAGGUUAUAUAGAAUAUUGGUUAAUUAUACAAUUGAAUUAUGAAUAG